CGUUUCCCUGGGGCCGGCGCUCUGCUGCGGGCGGGAGGAAGAGGGGCCGGACUUUGGGGCCUGAGAAGCCGUCGUGGCCGCCGCCGCUGUCCUUGCGGCUGCUAUGAGCAGCAGCGGCCGCGGCGCCCUCCGAAGCCCCGCGCAGCGCUGAGCGGCGAUCGCGCGUCCGCCCUAGCCGUCCGGGUGCCCAGCGCCGCCGCUCCCGCCGCGGCUCCCGCGCCUCCCCCUGCGCCGCCGGCGAGGCCCGGCGGAGGCGAGGAUGAAGAUGACGGUGGAUUUCGAGGAGUGUCUGAGGGACUCGCCCCGUUUCAGAGCUGCUUUGGAAGAAGUAGAAGGAGAUGUCGCAGAAUUGGAAUUAAAACUUGAUAAGCUUGUGAAGCUUUGUAUUGUGAUGAUUGAUACAGGAAAAGCCUUUUGUGUUGCUAACAAACAGUUCAUGAAUGGGAUCCGAGACCUGGCACAAUAUUCUAGUAAAGAUGCUGUAGUUGAGACAAGUUUGACCAAAUUUUCUGACAGUCUUCAGGAAAUGAUAAACUUUCACACAAUCCUAUUUGACCAAACUCAGAGAUCAAUUAAGGCACAACUUCAGAACUUUGUUAAAGAAGAUCUUAGAAAAUUCAAAGAUGCCAAGAAGCAAUUUGAAAAAGUCAGCGAAGAAAAAGAAAACGCCUUAGUGAAAAACGCUCAGGUGCAAAGAAACAAACAGCAUGAAGUGGAAGAAGCGACCAACAUUCUGACAGCAACAAGAAAAUGUUUUCGACACAUAGCCCUUGACUAUGUCCUCCAGAUUAAUGUCCUUCAAUCAAAAAGGAGAUCAGAAAUCCUAAAAUCAAUGUUAUCCUUUAUGUAUGCCCAUUUGGCCUUCUUUCAUCAAGGAUAUGAUCUAUUUAGUGAACUUGGGCCCUAUAUGAAGGAUCUUGGUGCACAGUUGGAUCGACUAGUUGUGGACGCAGCAAAAGAGAAAAGAGAGAUGGAGCAGAAACAUUCCACCAUCCAGCAAAAGGCUGCAUUACAGGAUUUCUCCAGUGAUGACUCUAAAUUAGAGUAUAAUGUAGAUGCUACAAAUGGCAUUGUAAUGGAAGGAUAUCUAUUCAAACGGGCCAGCAAUGCCUUCAAAACUUGGAACAGGAAAAAGCCCGAUCAUAUCAGACGCUGGUUUUCAAUACAGAACAAUCAGUUGGUUUACCAGAAAAAGUUUAAGGACAACCCCACCGUGGUGGUGGAGGAUCUCCGGCUCUGCACCGUGAAGCACUGUGAGGAUGUCGAGCGGCGCUUUUGCUUUGAGGUCGUCUCGCCAACAAAAAGUUGUAUGCUUCAAGCAGAUUCUGAAAAGUUGCGCCAGGCCUGGAUUAAGGCUGUUCAGACCAGUAUCGCUACUGCUUAUAGAGAGAAGGGAGAUGAAUCAGAGAAGCUGGAUAAGAAGUCAUCUCCAUCCACAGGAAGCCUAGAUUCUGGAAAUGAGUCAAAAGACAAAUUAUUGAAAGGCGAAAGCGCACUGCAGCGAGUCCAGUGCAUCCCUGGCAAUGCCAGCUGCUGUGACUGUGGUCUGGCCGACCCGCGGUGGGCUAGCAUCAACCUGGGCAUCACCCUGUGCAUUGAGUGCUCCGGGAUUCAUCGGAGUCUUGGAGUUCAUUUUUCCAAAGUGCGGUCAUUAACUUUAGACACCUGGGAGCCAGAACUGCUAAAGCUUAUGUGUGAGUUGGGAAAUGAUGUUAUAAAUCGAGUUUAUGAAGCUAAAGUGGAAAAGAUGGGAAUAAGGAAACCACAACCAGGACAAAGGCAGGAGAAAGAGGCAUAUAUCAAAGCAAAAUAUGUUGAGAGAAAAUUUGUGGACGAAUAUUUGCUGUCAUCAUCACCUCCUGAGCAGGAGAAAAAGGUUGUGUCCCAGAGCUGUGAAGAAAACAGACUGAACGUUUCCAGACUUGGGCCCGAGGACCACCUCAGAGCAUCUUCCCUCAGCUCAGUGGUUGCUGUAAAUAGCGACGAGGCCAGGCGGGAGUCUCUGUUCUGUCCUGAUGAGCUAGAUUCACUCUUCUCCUACUUUGAUACCUCUUCAAAACUCCGUAGUAUCAAAAGUAAUGACAGUGGAAUCCAGCAGAGUUCUGAUGAUGGAAGAGAAUCUUUACCCUCCACAGUGUCAGCCAACAGUUUAUAUGAGCCCGAGGGAGAAAGGCAAGAUUCUUCUGUAUAUCUCGACGCUAAGCAUCUUAACCCAGGACUUCAACUUUACAGGGCUUCAUAUGAAAAAAAUCUCCCUAAAAUGGCCGAGGCUUUGGCUCACGGUGCAGAUGUGAACUGGGCUAAUUUAGAAGAGAACAAAGCAACACCACUUAUUCAAGCUGUAUUAGGGGGCUCUUUGGUGACCUGCGAGUUUCUGCUCCAGAAUGGUGCUAAUGUUAACCAAAGAGAUGUCCAAGGCCGGGGACCCUUGCAUCACGCCACUGUCCUUGGGCAUACAGGGCAGGUGUGUUUAUUCUUGAAACGAGGUGCCAAUCAACAUGCCACUGAUGAAGAAGGAAAAGACCCUUUAAGUAUCGCCGUGGAAGCCGCCAAUGCUGAUAUAGUGACAUUGUUACGUUUAGCAAGAAUGAAUGAAGAGAUGCGGGAAUCAGAAGGACUUUAUGGACAGCCAGGUGAUGAAACUUACCAGGACAUCUUUCGUGAUUUUUCUCAGAUGGCAUCCAAUAAUCCAGAAAAAUUAAAUCGUUUUCAACAAGAUUCACAGAAAUUCUGAAUUUUAGGGGGAGGAGGGGAAAAUAUUAAACCCUGUUAUCUCCUGUUUCAGUGUGUAUACAUCUGAAAACUCACAAAUUUUUAUUGUCUUAAUUCUACCUGCUUUAUUUUAGUAAUAAUGACUUGGAAAAAAGGUACCCAUUCGUUGAUAUUUUUAUAAAAUUCAAACAGCUAGUUGUUGAAAGAGUAACAUACUAUAGAACCUCUUUUAUUUAUUUUUUUAAAACCUGCUUACAGGGCUUUUUAUCUAGGUUUAGGCCCUCUCUAGGUUACAAGAUGUUAAGAAUUAGAUCAUCUAUCAUUAUAUAUAUAUA